AUGGGGCUCUUUGCAGACGAGAAUGAGAAGAAGCCUUUGCCGGCAUUCGAAAGCAUUCAGGAUGCAACCUUGAAAUCGCCAGACACAUCGCAGCAGCUGGGGAAGUACAUUGUGAAUGGGCUGGAGAUGCUUUCUCUGUCCGAUAUCAAGGUUGUGGUGGACGGAAAGGGCGGUGCCUUUGGCGACAGCAUCUCUGACGAUCGCUCGGACACCUUAUCUGCUUUUGGCACCAUAUCGGCAGAAAGCAACGGGAAUGAGGACUGCGUAUACCUAUCAAGCAUAUACAAGACUUAUAUGAAGGUGAAUGAGAAGAUUGACAAGCUUAUCAGGAAGGAGUACUUUGACGAGGGAUUUAUAAAGCAUGUUCUUGCGGAGAUAUGCAAAGGGGAUCUGGAAAGGGCCAAAAGGGUUAUAUGCAGGGAGCUUAAGGACAGAGAUCCCCUCUUUUCUGUAGAGACAUACUGCGCCGAAGAGGGGGCAUGUUCUACGGGAAGUGUGUCUCGGAAGAUAGACGGGCUACUGGGGGAUCUGAGGGAUGUCGAGGAGAUAAGCCAUAAGCUUCGCAGGAUGUUUUUUGACAUGAGGAGCAAGAGCUUUGAGGCUGAGCUUGGAUAUGCUAGGUCGAGUGGUGAGGUUGUAAAACAACUUGACAAAUGCUCAAGAGAGCUGGAGGACCUGAGGAGGAUAGGAGGGGCGAUUGCUAAGGAUGUUGCAGGAGCCAUUGAGGACUUCGGAAUUGAUGUGGGCAUGGAGGGGGAUGGUCUUCACGAUGUCUCAAAGGCUCUGAAGAAUGUAUUUAAGAGCGUUUUGAAGAGAAUCAAGACCAUGGAACUGAUGAGCCAGGAGGCACAAUUGAAGGAAAGGGAGUAUGAGAAUGUUCUGAAGGACUAUGCAGAGCUCAAAGGCAAGAUGGACAGAAUUGCAAAUGAGAAUGCCAGUUUUUCGGAAGCUGUAUCGAGGCUUAGUACCAAGAAUACAAGGAUAAAGAAAGAUUAUGACGCUGCAAGGGAGGCAUUGAAGAAGGCAGUCGAGUCUAAUAAGAAGAAGAGUGUCACAAUAGACAGACAGAAGAAGAUUAUUGACGUUCUUCAGAGUAGGAUUGGAGACGAAUGUAUACUUCCUGUGAACGAACUGCAGUCGAAGAUUGACGAAAUAAGAAGAAGAGUCGAUGCAGAGCUCGAUAUGGGCACAAAGAGAAGGCUGGAAGAAGAGAUGGCCGACUAUGAAAGAAGAAUGUCUGAUUUCCUGUCUCUUCUGAACAAAACAGGGUAA